CUGAUAAGGCAUUGCAUACCGAUCAGCUGUCAACAACAGGCCUUGUACAGGUGUGAUGUGACCAGGAGGACACAGGUGCCUUGGUGUUCCCCGGCCUGUCAUUGCUGUGUAACAUAAUUUACAACACACUGCGUCUUCCUGGCCCUAUGCAGGAUAGUGUCACACUGUCAGAUGGAGACAACCUCUUUGUGGGUUAGAAAAAGAAAAAAAGGAAGAGUCUUGGAGGCUCUUAGCCUCAUCAGUGCAAGGACAGUCAGAAUCGCAGUAUCGAAGUUUGAUGCUCCUGAGACUACAGGUUGUCUUCAAGUUCAUCUCAAUCUCAAUCACCUUGCCAUCACUGAUGAGCGCUUCAGCAAGUAUACACAAGCCAAGCUCUAUGUUCUCGAGUGUCCUCUUGACUGUUCAUCAAAUGAAGGCGAUAGUUAUAUGGAUGAACACAGAAGUAGGCCAAAUGUGGAGGGGGAUGCUCAAAACCGCAGCUGUGAUAAUGCUGGAUGGAACAGCUGUCGAAGCAAUGGUGAUGAAGCCCUUUCAUUGAAAUAUCAAGUUAAUGACAAUGGCACUCGUACCAUGGAGUUGGCUCUUCAUCAAGCACGUGUUGUCUGGCCUUAUCUCAAUGACAUGGGUCUACUCUGCAGCCUUAAGGAAGUUCUCACGAAUUAUUAUGGCGGCCCAGGCUGUGUUGUUGGUUCAAGUUCGCUGGAACCUGACCCUUGGUUUUACUUCAGCAUCACCUGUAAGGAUGCUCAAUUUUUUUUACCAGUGCCAUCUAUUGCACGGGUUGUCCCUUUCCCACACAAGGAAAGGCUCAAGAAGAUUAAACUGAGGCGGAGGAAGGGAAAACCUGUUUGUGAGUACAUUCCAGUUUUCAGUUGCUGGAGCAACGAGCUUGACAUGCAUUUUGCCAUGCUCACACAGCAAGGAUUCUGUAUUGCAUGCCAUCUAAUGCGAGCUAGGUACUUUUGGGGUGGGGAUGGCGAGAGGGAAGUCAAGGUGGACACAGUUGGAAUGCGUGUCCUGUGUGUGCAGAAUGCAGUGAACUCUCCUGUAUGCGAGGUGGUGAAACGGCACAGCUUGAAAGUUCGGUUAAGUAUGCAGAGGCCCAAGGCAGAGCAAAGGGAGAUUAUUGCAUUCAGAAUGGGAUUUACAAACAGGGAAUCUGAUGACAAAAAGCUGAUCAUUCAGCUCGCAUUCUCACAUGUUUCAGUUCUGAGCUCGGCACUAGGCAUAGUGCUGAUGAGAUUCAGGGAUCGUCAGAGACAUCCUAUUCCAGAUGCCUCUAAGCAACCAGAGGCUGUCUCCAGUGAAGGGGGGUUUAUUCCUUGUGCAUUCGCAGCACAUAUUGAUGUGAAAGAUGUCUGCAUCACCCUCAUUGAUGACAGGGCAGGAAUGGCAUUAUCUACAGCUGAGUUGAAGCUUCAGAACUUGUUAUGCUACUGGAAGAUAGAGGUAUCAACGGAUGAGCCUAGCAGUGUGAUCAUGCUUGGCGAGCUUCAGUGUGAACUCAGGUUGAACUGCCUCAACAGAAACAACCAGGAAAUGGAGACAGCUGUGGAGAAUUGGCCAUUUGAACUGGAACUCGUGAGGCAAGGUGGCAACAAGCAGUUGCUGGUUUCAUCACGUCAAUGUGUAAAUAUUACGAUGACACCCAGUCAUCUGUUCUUCAUAGGAGACGUGCUGCGAUUCUCAACACUAAUCUCAGCGGGCCUACAAAAGAGGCGUCUCUCAGCCCAGGGCUCACCUUCUGAAGCAGAUGAUCUUCCACCGAGUCCAGGAUCCGAAAGUUCACAAGAGCACAGCAUUUCAAACAAGAGGAAGUCAAUUGAGGACACCACCUCAGGCGAUGAUGAUAGCAUGCUACGCCGGAAGUCUCCCAAGACAGAGGGAUCAAGUACAGGCAGCACAUUGAGGCAUCAUUCGGAGCAGAUGCAGACUACAGCCCAAUAUCGCAUUGUGAACCAGACAGGGCACAUUCUUCUGUAUUGGGCAGGCGAUGAUGGAGAUGGAAAUGAACACGGUAUUGGAAAGGAGCACCCAUGUCAAUUGGAUGUAGGGGAGGACAGCAUUCUUCGUGUGCAUCCUGUUGAAAAGACAUUGACUCUGCUCGACUCACAGAAGCUCGUUGCUCGAACAAUAAGCUUGCAGCUGCAUGGGCGAUGGGACCCAUUGCGAGACGUGAUUAUUGACAAGGUGGGGAAGUCUGUCCUGAAUGUUGAAUCUUCUUAUGAUAACAUGAGUUUCCCCGUCAUUUGCAAUGUUACGUUGGAGGAGCGCACAAAGGUCGUGUCUAUUCACUCCACUCAUCAGCUGGUCAACCAUAUGCAAUUGCCCUUGAACUUCUGUAUUUCUUCUGCCACAGGCUCCUUCUCAGGAUUGGGGGGCCCAAUCAGAUCAAUAACAGGGCAAGUGAGGCCAGGGGACUGUGUCUUCCUCCCAAUAUAUGCUGCUCAUGGAGGUCAGCUGUUCCUUCAAGCUGAGGGAUUCCUCCGUGGAGAAAAAGGUGUCCCAUUGGAACCAGAACAGAUAACGCAGCAGGAUGGCAUGCUGACAUGUCCACCAGCUGACUCUCAGGCUGACAAGGCUGCAUUUCAUUUUUGUCUCCGAGUCAAAAAACUCGAAGCCACUCAGACGCUGAAUGGCGUGAAGGUGCAGGAAUUUUUGCUUGAUUUCCACCCUACGCUUCGCAUUGAGAAUGCCCUUCCCUACGUAAUGCAAGUGACAAUCCAUGAUGCUGAAAAUCCAGAUGGGCAGUCACAGACCUGCAGCAUUCGCCCUGGUCAUCACUUCUGCGUGAACAUGGACCUCUCACAUAAGCUUGAAAUGAGUGCUGCGGUCCUGACAUACAAGUCAGCAUCACCAGUCUUGAUACACCUUCCCUCCAAUCGCCUUCUCGAGGAUCACUUGAAUGAGCUUCCAGGGGUCAGCCUCCCAAGAGACUGUUUUUUAUCGCCAGCUUCUGCAGACCAAGGAGCACUUCGCCUUCGAAUAGAAAAUAGAUUGGUGAGGAAAUCAGGAAAUAGGCGAAUUGUCUUUUUUUCACCAUACUGGCUUCUUAAUCACUCGAGCCUGCCUCUUCUGUUCUACAGCAGUGAGAAGUCAAACCAGCCAGUGCUAUGCCCACCAGAUGAGGGUGGUCCUCUGAUGCCAGUCCUCUACAGCACGAAUCGGGGAACACGGGUUUGCAUGGGGGUGCAAGGAUCACCUUUCUCCCGCAACAUUCCCAUUGACUCCAUCGGAAUUCAUGGAAUGGUUCAGAUCCUGUCGGAAUCAAGCAAAAGCAGGGAGAAGACUGUACGGAAGUACGUGUUUGGUGUGCAUAUCCAGCUAGCACCAGAAGUAUUCCAUCGGACAAAGAUUGUCACAAUCGCUCAAAGAUUUGUGUUGCUGAACCGGAGCGGAUUCGACCUGGAUUACAUGCAGUCUGAAACAUCAAGCCGCCGGGAACUGCGAGAUGGACAGAAGGAGGCAUAUCACUGGGAUGAUGCAUCAAAAUCAGAGAGCUUGAUGGUUCGGUUAGUUGGUGGUAUUUGGGGAUGGAGCGGGGGGUUCAGCAUUGAAAAAGUGGGCGAUUUUGGUAUUCGCUGCCGUAACCGUCAGGAUGGUACAUACAAAUAUUUAGUGGUUGAUGUGUCACUGCAUGCGGCAACAAUGCUUGUCACAUUUUGGGACUGCGAUGGCAUGAGGAGGCUGCCACCCUUCAGGAUUGAGAACCGGUGUGCCAAUAUUGUGCUCAAGUUUACACAGAAGUAUGUGGAUAAUCCUCAGGUGCUCAUGCCCAAGUCUUCAACACCUUACGCUUGGGAUCAGCCAAAUUCUACACAAGUGCUGCUGGUGGAAUUGGAAGGCUAUGGCAUUGCACGGGAGUACAGCUUGGAUGAAAUCAAGGCGUGCCCACCUGUCCUCCUGCAUCAACCAGACGAGAAACCUAGGUAUUUUCGCAACAGUUUGCCAGCUAUGAAAGCAGGACUGCUGGACAGGGUUUACGCCAAUAUUUAUGCAGAUGGAAGCACUCGUGUACUCUCAUUCUCUGACCGGCAAAGCCAAUAUUAUCGGGAGACAGAAGAAGAAGAACAAAACCGAAUCAUGCAGAAGCUGAAGAGAGUAGAGGAGAAGCUGUCCAUUGCGAAGCAGAAGCUUGAAGCUCAGAGAGUGGAGGUAGAUGAAGCUGCACAGCAACCUAGUGAAGAUGACGUCGGAUCCGGAACGUGUAAGGUUCACCCCAAAUGCAAAGCAGCCUCCCACAGGGCCAAGUUGAUGGGCAGGUGGCAUUUGCAUUCGGACCAAUAUGCUUCAAAAGGCGUAGGGCCCCCACCACCUUUGCCAGCUCGGUCGCACCUGAUGCAAAAUAAACGACAUCGGCCAUUGCAGAUGGUGACGUGGCGAGGAAAGCGAAUAUCUUAUGUGGGUCUGCGUGGACCUGCUGGAACUUCACUUCCCUCUCGCUUUCCUGAGGACAAAGAUGAUGAAAGACCUACAUCUGAGAAGCUUCAUUGCAAGCCCAGUCAAAAGACAUCAGCAGAAGGCAAAAGCGGAGGGGGAGGAGGUGCAUGUGGUGGUUGGAUCCCUGAGUGCUCAACACGCAACUCCCACACUGGUCCAGGGCUCCAGCCACGGUUGAAAAUGGAACAAUUAGAGAUACGAGAGGAAGACGCGGAGGAGGAGGGGGAGGAGAAAGAAGGUGGAGGGAAGCUUCAAGCAAAGCGGUUGCGGAACGGAUUCUGUUGCACAGUUCCACGACGUGCCGGUACAGGUCAGCUUCAAGUUCCUUCCAAAGAACAGAGCAUUGCACCUACUCCCCAGUUACUGUCAUCUGCAAGAGAGAACUUUGUGGUGUCCGCUGAAGAUGCAAAUGGUGAUGGUGAGGAGAACAAAGAUGGCAAUGGCAAUGAUAAUGGUAAGCAGAAUGAAGCUGGAGAUGGAUAUGAAGCCCGGAAAAAUGGCAAUGAAGGUCCAACAGGGGCUAGCACAUGCAAGCUGACAUCAAAUGGGAAUACAACAAUGGCACAGGGCCAGGCUCACCCAGAAAUUACGGCUGCUUCAGAGAGUGAAGAGGAGAUUACUGCAGCUGACAUGGAAACGUACGGCCAAGCGAGUGGGUGUUUCUCUGAUGGUGCAAAGAGGAAAAUGAGGAACCUGAGAUGUAGGCGUCCCUUCCGUGCGAUCCUGGGCAGAGCCAGUGGCAGUGAUAUGAGUGAAAGGUUCUGGUCUGUGGCAUCCUCACUUGUAUCUCACUCUGAUGUGGGUUUUCGAUCAGGGGCAGAUCUAGAGUUUCAUAAUGCUGUGGCAGCUUCAUCAGGCUCAAACUCUCUCAAACAGUCAGAGAAACUUAAAGAACCACUUAUUGAAGAAGUCCCUUCUGGUACAGAUCCCAGAGAUGAACACAAUACAGAUAAGUCAACCAUUGCAAACGCCGAGUCUGAGCCACCACAGCAGCAGCAACAGGAUUGGGAAAAUCAUGCUGAGGCAUCACUGCCAGAUAAAGAUAAGACUGGCCAUCCCGAAAUGGGUGUUGUGGGAAAGGAAGGACGGGACGAAGACAGGAAUAUUGGUGGAUUAAAUUCACUUGAAAUAAGAAAAAUGGUUGCAGGCGAUCUCACUGUGAGCAUUCUUGAGGGAAAACGCCUGAGGAGAAAAAAGGAGCUCUGCAACCCGUAUGUCAUUGUUGAGGUGGCUAAUCGAAAAAAGCAAACAGCUACUAGGGCAAAGACAAAUUAUCCAAAGUGGAACGAGGAACUGCACUUCAAGUCUGUUAGCGCAAACUGUGACUUGCAUGUGACCGUCUUCAGCCAAGAGAUAAAUGGCAGCGAUGUGUUUCUCGGCGAGAUCAUCAUUCCAGUUAUGGAGGAGGAUGGAACUGUUGAAAAGGAGCCGUGCUGGUACAGCCUUGGACGCAGAAAUGGCAAAGGGCGUUUCGGUGGAAGUGUGUUUCUUUCGACAGUUUGGGAGGCAACUCAGCUGGACAUCCUCACUCUGGAGUUGAAAGCAAAGGAGGAGGUGUUGAGUCAGGUUGAGGAACUGCUUGCAAUCAACAGAGAAUUGAUUGAGGAGAGAAGGGGGCGAGUGAGAGAGGGUUUCAAGCCAUGGGAGGUAGGGACUGAAUCUGGGCAGCAGUCGGCAGGACCUAUCGUCCCUGAGCAGGAUGGGACUGAAGAGCACGUGUCUGAUCAGGCAUCUAGUUCUUCUGGAAUGGGAACACAUGUGGUCAACCUGAGACCUAAGAGGUCUGCGAUUGCAAGAUCAUUGUGGCAGUCAAUGGCACCCACUGCUGCUGCAGCCAUCACUGGACAGCUCAGGGUAAAGGUUGUGGAGGCUCGUCAAUUGACAGUGCCAAAGGAAUGGGCUUCUGCGUCCCAUUCCUGUAAUUCGUAUGCCGUUCUGAUCUGUGAUGGGGCAAAUGUCCAGCGUACGAAGGCCGUUGUGAACAGCUUUUGCCCAGUGUGGAACGAGUCUUUUGUGUUUGAAGCAGUGAGGAUGGAAUCAAAUCUAAAAGUUGAGGUUUAUGAUCGAAAAGUGGGCCAGGAUCUUUUCAUGGGAGAAGUGAACAUCCCAGUGGCUUACCUACAGGACAAUUUGCCUCAGUACAUGUGGCUGAAGCUCCAAAAGGACACGGACGAGUCUGAUGAGGACGCAGUCCCUGGAGAUGUGCGAUUACGGUUGCAGUGGAUUAUGGAAGAGUCAAGUGUGGAUGAAAACAAUGGCAAUGGAUUCUUCACAAAGGUUGUUCUGGAAGGCAUAAGCUUAUCGGUGACAGAUGAAUUUCCGCGGGAGAUUUUUCACGUGUUGUUGUCAAAUGUAAAUGCUGAAUACCACGACAUGGUGAAGGAAAGUGCGGUGAAGUUCUCCGUGCAGAAUGUGCAGAUAGACAACCAGCUUUUGACGUCACAGAGGCCUGUUGUCCUUGCAGCAGCAGCAGCAGCAGCAGCAGUUGAGGGAGAGGGAACCGCUGGAGAGAAUGGAGGUGAGGUCGAGAGACCAAGACCGGAGGAGUUGCCCCUGCUUCAUCUUGAGUGGAGCAUGCUCAAGCGAUACACUGGUAUCCAGUAUUUCAAGCAUUUCGUAUUGGCAUUGCAACCAGUGGACAUCCUUCUUGAAGAGGACUUCGUUGACACCAUAAUUGCCCUCUGGUCUAGCCUGCCACCAUGGAGGGAGGACAACCCUAGGCCUUCUCCUCAGGCCAUGGAUGAUUACACAGUUGCCGUCCAGAAACUCUCCUUGAUUGUAUCGGACUUGACUUCGAGGGCGCCCGAUGAACAGAUUCUUGAGAUCUAAGAGAGCCGACGGCUAUCCUUUUUGGUCAGGGUCUAGGGGUGACUGGCUUUGCAGAUUCUUGAGA